AUGUUGGUAAAGGGGUUUUUCUCGCAGGCCUGCCUGAAGGUAUGCGCCGAGGGCUGGUACCGUGUUAUGUGCGACUGCAAGAGGAGUGUGAAUCCCCUCUUCGACAAACUCAACGACAAGCCUCAAUGCAAUGUCCUCAACGUCUCGCAGUGUGGGGAUCCCUCUGUCUCUCGAAGCUGCGAUGCCUGCAUCAUGGAAGCGGAAGCGAAGUUCUUCGCCCAGGAUCUCCUGUGCCUCUGUCCCCCCUCUUGCACGGAGGUGAAUUACGAUCCGGAUCUGUCGCAGGCGAUCCCCAACGAGAAAUUCCUCUAUGCUCUCUCGUUCUACAAGCAAUUCCAGUUUGGAAAAGAUGUCUGCAACAGUCCGUAUGACGUGGACGUGCAUGGUGAGAUUGGAUUCAGGGGAAAUGCUUGGGUUUGGAUGGAGGCGCGGGUCUGCGACGGGAAGGCACAAUGCUACGACGAGUCGGACGAGACGCUCAUCUGCGACCAGUUCGACGACGUUUGCAACUCCGUGGAUGGCGCCUUCUCCUGCACGAACGAGAUGAAAUGCUUGACCUCGGACCUCCGAUGCAACGGCGUGGACGACUGCCAAGACGGAUCCGACGAACGCGACUGCCCCGAGUAUUGCAAGAGCGUCGGACUUCUCUCGUGCGAGACGAAAGGCGGCUGCCUGACCGAAGACAAAUGGUGCAACAUGAUUCUCGACUGCCCCGAUAUGUCCGAUGAGACUCAUUGUAAAGUCGAACUCUACAAGAAGCACGACGAAGCGUGUGACUGCGAACAAGUCUGCGUCCGCCGCCCCAAAGAUACCGAUUACUGCUACGAAAAGAAUUACGUCACCGGCGACUUCGGCCGAACGAUAGCCGACUCGAGGACCAAGGACAUGAGCGACCUGUUGCAGAUUUACACUCCGGAUCGAGACGAGGUGCAAAAGUACGGGAUAAGCGCCAGAGAUUUCAUCGCCAGCUGCAGUUUCGACAAUCGAGAUUGCUCCUACAAGGAUUUCCACGAAUGGCGGAGCGACGACUAUGGGAAUUGCUUCACCUUCAACAGUCCGUUCUUGGAGAAGUACGUAGAAGACUCGGAAGGAAACUACGUGAAGCAAGACGUGAUUCCACGUUACUCGACGAAAUUCGGCUUUCAGCACGGACUUCGACUCACCUUCGACCUGAACGUGGAUGACACCUUCUCUGUCCUGGCAAGGACAAAAGGCGCCCGCGUCGUGAUUCAUCCCAGGUCCCAGCUUCCGUUCCCAGAAGGCGAGGGCUUCAACAUCGCUCCUGGGAUCCUCACCACUGCCUCAAUCAAACGGGCCUGCCUGAAGGUAUGCGCCGAGGGCUGGUACCGUGAUAUGUGCGACUGCAAGAGGAGUGUGAAUCCCCUCUUCGACAAACUCAACGACAAGCCUCAAUGCAAUGUCCUCAACGUCUCUCAGUGUGGGGAUCCCUCUGUCUCUCGAAGCUGCGAUGCCUGCAUCAUGGAAGCGGAAGCGAAGUUCUUCGCCCAGGAUCUCUUGUGCCUCUGUCCCCCCUCUUGCACGGAGGUGAAUUACGAUCCGGAUCUGUCGCAGGCGAUCCCCAACGAGAAAUUCCUCUAUGCUCUCUCGUUCUACAAACAAUUCCAGUUUGGAAAAGAUGUCUGCAACAGUCCGGGCAAAGAUGGGAACACGGCCUACCUGCACGUCUAUUUCGAAGACAACAGCUACAAGUUGAUCCAAGAAAGUCCCGCUUACACUUGGGUGACCCUCGUGUCGAACUUGGGCGGGUCCAUCGGUCUCUUUGUCGGACUGAGCUUGAUCACGGUUGUCGAGCUUUUCUUCUUCUUCGUUGAGGUAUUCUCCUUCUGCUGCUUUAAACGACGUCAUCGCAUCCGGGAAAGAAAGAACUCAGGGCAACGACACAUUGGAGUCAGCGAACCACGCCCCUCUGUGGGAGAAGGAAAUGCAAGAGACAGGGAUGCAGACUCUGGUCCAGAUGGCACCAUCCUUCGUGAACCCAGGUCUGGAGAGAAAGUUGCGUUCUGCGUCCCGACGUCACGCAGGUCAGUGUGGGUGAGGGAGGAGGGAAGGGAGGUGAGGCUCUAA